AUCCAUGACUCACAAGGGCCUAUGCCUUGCACCAAGCAGGACAAGUUAACCGGUAUUUUGAGUGCUAUUCUCCAAGCCAAUGACCAGGUAUGUUGGCACACGCAUUUGAGGAAUGCUGGAGUGUUGCAGAGAACGCUCUGCUGCAAAACCAUCUAAGCGAUGCGCGCCUCCCAAUAAUAAACCGAAUUAUAGCGUGCUCAUGAUUUGUGUGUGGAAUCGAAUGUCAUUUUCGGGUAUUAUGGACAAAAUUAGAGGCGUUAUGAUAUAUUCCUAUUUGAGGCGGACAGUAUGAUACUGAGACGUGUCCAGAAUCUCAGGUUUUCCAAUAAUGAGCGUGUGACGUUUCACCGGGAGAUGAACACGGCGCGGCUUACGUUCAAGUGCUCGGCCGCGAACAGAUUCAGUCAUUACUGGCGACAUUGGGAGUUAUUUAUCUAACGGAAAAAACGGGUUUUCAGUUUCUGCAUUUUGCAAUAUAGUAAUUGUGUUCGUUCUCUCCUUGCCGGGGAGCGCGUGGCUGCAUGGGCCUGGGAGAGGCGUGACGCGCCUGUACCGCAUCUCCUGGAUGGCAGAUAUUUGCAUAUAGGGUCGCCUGAAAGCAUGCAGUGAUGAUGCUAUUGAGGAGAGAUGGCAUCGCACGUGUGUGAUGUGACAACUAGCGUGCCAUGAAGAUUCUGAUGAACGCGUGUUCGAGGAUGUGCCCCGGAGUCUCUCAGGGCCUGCGCACUAAUUGCGCGCACCUGCUGGUAGCAUCGUUGCUGGUGUCCAUGACGAUGUCAAGCUCACCUGUUGCAGGCGGUGUGGACUCCAACGGAACAACAGCAAAGCGGUCGUCAUCGCGGUCCUCAUCGUCACCCUCUUCCAGAUGGCCAGGCGCCACCCCACCCAAAGACACUAGUCCCCAUGGUAACACUGACGCUGCCUCAGUGGACGAUGAAGCUCAGGGCAUACAUCUCCUCCUGAGACCCCCGGACCUGCUGUCCCCCAGCCACCCCCCUCCUCUGCCCCCCCACAGCCAGCCCACCCUCACCCCGCCCCCGCCCUGGGAACACGCCCCCUCCCUAGAGGAGGCCUGGGGGUCCGGUGACUACCUGGAAACGCUCUCCUUCAUGGGCCCAGAGGGGGAGGAACUGGCCCUGGCCACACCCUUACCCAGUCACACCUACGACCCUGACGACGGGGCCUCCUAUGACACCUCCUUCCCCUCCCGCCCAACCCUGCCCCUGUCCUCCAGCCUCCUCCGACCCUAUACGUCCCCCACCUCCCCCCUCCGGGAGGGUCUCCCCUUCACUCACCCUGCCCAGCCUGAGGGAUACCCUCACUGGGAUGAAGAAGACUAUGACCUGGGGGACAUUUUUCCUCUGGAGCCCACGGAGCUGCUGCUGCCGGAUAUGAACAGUCUGGAGUACUACACUAAUCUGCUGGCCAGAGAGAGAGACGAGGAGAGGGAACGGGAGAGAGAGAGGGAAAGGCAGCGAGAAUGGGAGAGAGACAGGGAAAGGCAGCGAGAACGGGAGAGAGACAGGGAAAGGGAGAGGGAUCGAGAUGGAGAAAGAGACAGAGAUAGAGAAAUUGUCAUCCCACCCCCAAAGACCACCCCCAAACUUGGCAUCACACCCACCACUACCACAAAAACACACAUACACACUCAGCCCCCAUCCCCCUCCCCUAGCCCAGGGCCCCCUCCUGCCCGGGACCACAAGCACCCUCUUGUCCCCUCAGCAGGUCCCACCCCUCCCCUGACCCUCUCACCCACUCUCUGGGAGGGUCAGGGUACCUCCACCCCUGGAGUUAGACCCACCUCCAGAGUACCCCCUCAGCCUCCUGUUCCGCGGCCCAGAGUCCCCCCAGCUACCCCUGGCAGACACCCUCCACUGCCCCCAUCUAACACCACCAGCCUGGCUCGACCCCCCAUGCUGCGACCUCCGGGGAGGGAACCCAUAAAACCACCACCACCACCACCACCUGUGACCGAGGUCCCCAGCAACCGACCGACGACCACUACCAAGGCAACCACUGUUACCACGACAACCCCUGGUACCCUGGCAAGCAUCACCCGGACUCCCCCAGCCCCUCCAGGACGCCAGUAUCUGUGUAACGUCACCAAGCCUGACAUGUACCUGGUCAGAGUGGUCCUGCCGAAGUCUGGCUCCACUGUGGGCUUUGGCCAGGUCAGGGACAUCUUGAAGAGGGAAUUCAACCGCUCAGUGGAGUUGCAGUUCCUGAGAACUCCGUCUAGCCUUGCGUUCCGUGUUGUGGCGGGACCUCUGAUCUUCACCGCCAUGUCUGUCGUCAACGCUCUGCGCCAAUCAACACGAAGCUCCUCCUUGUUCCCCACUGUCUCACCUCUCUACGGCAUACCUGAUCAUAAGUACCAGAUACACUCUGUGCUGCAGUUUGUGCCCGGUCACGUGGAUGUGCGUGUGUGUAACUUCAGUGAGCGAGUGGAGAGAGGACUGCUGAUGGCCUACACAGAGACACGCAGACGUGCACAUGAAUUUGGCAACGUUACUGUACAGCUUUUGAACAUCACCAUGGGUCAGGCCAAGCCGCAGGGUGACCAGAAGGUUCCGGUGGACAUCACGUUUGCGUUGCGUGAUGGGCGGGGCUACCUGUUGGGGUCAGAGGUCAGCGGUCACCUGAGACACCUAAGCACGGUGGAGUUCAGCUUCUACCUGGGCUUCCCCGCGCUGCAGAUCGCUGAACCCUUCUACUACCCCGAGCUGAACGUUUCUCACCAUCUACGCUCCUCCUGGGUCCGCACCGUGUUACUGGGUGUCCAGGAGCAGACGGUGACUGAGCGGAGCUUCAAGGCUCGUCUGGAGCGCCGUCUGGCCCUGCUGCUGGAGGAGGGGCUGGGGGACGGGAGUCAACGACCCCGCUGGAAAAGAUCCACGGCCGUGGGCAACAACAGUUUACAGGUGGUGCGUGUGUCGAGGCUGGCAGGUUCAGGGCGUUCUCUGGAAGUGGUGUAUUUCGUGGAGGGACCAGAGGGGGAGAGAGUCCCUGCAGAUGCCACCGCUGCCACCCUCAACCGCCUGGAGCUGCAACGGGCUGCCAUCGUACUGGGGCACCGCGUCCAGAGACCCCUUGCCCAGCCUGUGGAGACUCUGACGGUGCCCCCGUCUGAGACUCAGAGCAGCAGUGUCUGGCUGAUUGUGGGGGUGGUGGUGCCUGUCCUGCUGGCUAUCUUCAUCAUCAUCAUCCUCUACUGGAAACUGUGCGGCUCUGAGAAGCUGGAGUUCCAGCCUGACGCCAUCAACACCAUCCAGCAGAGACAGAAGCUGCAGGCUUCCAGUGUGAAAGGGUUUGACUUCGCCAAGCUCCACCUGGGGCAGCACAGUAAGGAUGACAUCAUGGUGAUCCAGGAGCCUGGUGCCCUCCCUAUGCCCAUCAAAGAGUCCACCCCCUCUGAGGGAGGGGAUCUCAACACUCCCAAAUCCAAGGGCUCCUCCACCAAGGCGGCCCGCGCUAACCGCCGUAGGGGGAGACUGUCCCCGUCAGAUGGUGACUCAUUAGGUAGCGACCAAUCGAGUGGCAGGGAGUCUGCAGAGGAGACCACCAGACAUGUGGGCACGCCCCACGAGGGGAAACCGCACCGAAACAAAACGCCCAAGAAUGUCCCUCCCGCAGGCACUGGUCCAGAUGAGCUGCUCUCCUCUUCCUCCAUAUUUGACCACGUGGACCGUCUGUCCCGAGGCUCGUCUGACGGAAGGGGUCGCCAGGCCAACAAGGUCCAGCUGAUUGCCAUGCAGCCCCGGCCCAGCCCACCACAACGCUCACACAGCCCCACCAUCACAGAGAGGGUCAGCGCAGAGGUGGCUCUGAGACAUAAGUCUGAGAUCGAGCACCACAGGAACAAGCUGCGUCAGCGGGCUAAGAGGCGGGGCCAGUGUGAGUUCCCCUCUAUGGAUGACAUCCUGGAUGCCUUCGGGCAGGCGCAGGAGGAGGCGGGGCAGGGAGGGUGUCCCCAGCGCCUCUACAGCUCAGCCCAUGACCACAUGGACAGCAUCUUGCACCCCGACCACCCCUCGCCCCCCACCCCAGGGGAAUCUAGGAAGAGGGGGAGGCGCUCUCCUCGGGGCCGGCGGAGGCAGCAGGGGAACGGCAGUCUGCCAGACACAGACAGACUGACGGACAGAGACCGCCUGCUCACAGACAACAGCGCCACCUACAGGAAAUACCCUGGACUCAACAAUGUGGCCUACAUGUCUGACCCAGACCUACCUCCAGACCACGGCAGCCCCUCCCCUAACGACGAGGUGUUUGACCACGCCCCUCCCCCGCCCCCCUAUGUGCCCCCCCAGCCGUCCAUCGAGGAGGCGCGGCAACAGAUGCACUCCCUAUUGGACGAUGCCUUCGCCCUGGUGUCGCCCUCCUCCCAGGGCAGCGUCAGUGUCGGGGUCACGCAGGUCAGCCCCGCCCUGCCAAGCCCCUCUCCCUCCCCACAGACACACCCAUCACGCCAGUGGGGCUCCUACCCCGCAGCCCCCACACACAGCCCCUUCUCUGCGAGGUAUGCGGAGUUGGGGAUGUCUCCCUCGUCAAUACAAGGCCUGUCGCAGAGGCAGGGCCUGGGUUCAGGGGCCUAUGUUACUGAAGAGGAGCAGUUGCAGGAUUCUGUUUACGCCAACAGGGGGCAGUAUGAAGAGCCCCCCUCCUCCUCCAGACCUCGGCCUGUUGGGGGAAGCACAGGUGCUCAGCUGCAUCACCUGACUCAGGUGGGCUUGUCGAGCCGGAUCAGUGCGUACCCUGGGGUGGGCCGCAGCGUCUCUGGGCCAACAGGCUCCAGCUGGAACCAGCAGCCUUUAGACCAGGACCUCUCCAGACCCGGAGCCAGCAGGGAGACUGUGCUGUCGUUCCCUGAGUUCUCCUCCUCCGGUGUGUUUCAGAUGCCCAGCUCCUCUCUGGGAGACCAUUCUGUCCCCCCAAUGCUCCUGGCCCCUCCCACUCCAGAGUUCCCCCUAGACGAGUCCUCCCCCUCAGCCCAAAGCUCCGCCUCCCUCAUCAAGGCCAUCAGGGAGGAGCUACGACGGCUCGCCCAGAAACAGGUUGCUGUGGCCAGCAGUUACUCCUAGACCAGUGUGAGCCCCUACCCCUUAACUGGUCAAAACUACUGACUCUAAACUGGUCCGAACCAGUUUGAACUACUCAUCCUAAGCAAGUAUGGAUUGACCGGAACCACUACCCCAAACUAGUUUGAAACAGUCAGAACCACUUUCCCUAAACUGGUGUAAAGAGGCUCAUACUACUAUUCAUAAGCUGGUCUGAACAAGACUGAACCAGUCUGUAACAGAUACGAUUUCCCUACAAUAAUAACAUCACGGUUCUUUACAGGGUUCUUCUCUCUGUAAAGGUUACACGUUCAACAGCACAGUGUUUCCACUGGACAGGAGGAUCGAGUUUGUUUUCUUCAGUUCCAUAGAAAUGCUUCCUUGAGUGGGGCCGUCUCUGCCCUUCCUGACCUCCUGUAUGUGGUGCUAAGCCUCAGCCCAAUGUCUCCUGUCAUUAAGUUAACCACGCAUUGCCUUCAACACACAUUCAUCAUCAGCCAUAUUGGUGAGGUCUUCUCCAUUCAUCAGCCAUAUUGGUGAGGUCUUCUCCAUUCAUCAGCCAUAUUGGUGAGGUCUUGCACUGUAGAGAGAUUUGGAGUAUAGUAUACUUUGGGCACGGGGGACUUGAAUAUACAGAUGAAAAGUAUAUGAAAAUAUUAGUAGAUAUAAAAAUCCCAAAUGAGCACAAUAUGAAUUAACAAGGGUGACCAAUGGAGUAUUGAAAUUGUAUUUAUUUUUUAUUGCUCUGAAAGUAUACUUUAAAUCCUUUAUUUUGUUCAAAAGAAGAUGAAAAAAGACCAAUACUGUUUGGAUGUUCUAUGGCUGUAUUCUCCCUGUGUUUGUGCUCUGUUGCCGUGGAGCUGAUCAUACCGUUGUUUAUCGCAGUGGAGACGUCGCGUAGCAUAGUCGCUCCCUGCCCGUGUGUUCAUGUGUUGACUGCACAAAAAUGAAGAAGGAAAAACCAUGGAUUUGCAGAUAUAAUGUGAAUAUAUAUAUAUAUAUAUAUAUAUAUAUAUAUAUAUAUAUAUAUAUAUAUAUAUAUAUAUAUAUAUAUAUAUAUAUAUAGCUGUUUUCAGUAGGUGUCAAAAGGCUUGACAUGGGGCUAACCUAUCGCAUCCACCACCAAUGUGACCUUCUGCAUCAGAACAAAGGCAUUUCUGGGGUGAUGAUUGACUCUGUCAAAUUGUGAUAGUGUUUCUCUUGUGAAAUUCAAGAUUGGAAUAGGAAUGAUUGUAUACAAUGGUAUGAACAUCGACAAACGUGUUGCAAAGGUGAUUUUUGAAUUUGGGGAUUUUGAUGGGGGGGUUUAUAGCGAGUGAAAAACACUAUGUCUAAUUUCCCCCAAAUGGCUUCCUUUCUUCAUCUCCUUUCCCUGGUCAGCUCUUAUCCAAAUGGAUGUAAAGGUGACCAUCUCGAAGGAGGUGGAUCUAGGAAACAAUGCUAUUUAGGACAAAUCGACAUGUACUAUACUGUAGUAGUUGGUGGGUUUGGUGGUGGUUAUGAAGUGCUCUUUGUCUCCAUCUGCUGGUGGUAUGGCUGCAUGGCUGGCUUCCAUCUCUGCUUCAGGCUGUUUUCUCUGUGGUCUUAUUGGGUUUGGUCGAUGGUCGGUAAUGUGUGGGUUUGUGCAGGUGAUGCCCAUACAGCUCUGUGCUCUAGCUAUCUACAGCAUGUUGACUACGUUUGAGGCUUCGGCUAGCUCGCUAUUAGUGAUGUGACAGUUAAUUGUUGUCUUCUCUCAGGCAUGCUGCUAAAAUAAGAAGAAAAAAAUAAACAAAAGUUCAACUGAAGAGUUGUAACACGAGUGAGAAGUGCCAUCCGAACAUGAUCCAUCCAAGCACAUAACACAUCAUAAUAAUCAAGCAGUAGAAAAUAUACAGUAUGUUGGUGUUAUUCUCUUGUUUUGCCUUUUCUAAUAAUAUUUUUGAACCUAAAUGAAAAUUGAUAACAAUAAAUAUAGUAUAUAAAAGAAAAUGAAUAUAAGCGUAAAAUAUGUCAAACUAUUUUAUAUGUGAUUGCUCAAUUAUAUGGACAGCCUUCCAACAGAAGGACUAACACAUCAUCUUCCCUGUGGACCAAUCCUGAUUCAGAACUCUUCAUCUGCUGGGACUUAUAACCUUCCUGAUUGGACCUGAUUGGACCUAGUACAUGUCAAUAAGGCUGUGCGCGGACGACAAACCGAUUCACCUGGUGCUACUAAGUAACUUACAAUAACAGACCCCUCUCUCCCUCUGUACAGGGGGUUGGAGUGUGUUGGUGUCUCCUCAGUCUAACAGCAUCUCUCACACAGCCUAUACUGACAUGGGGAGCACAGACACACACUGAUGUUGAUUGAUAUUCCUAUCUAAAAAGAUAGGAUUCUCUUGUCACUUCAAGCUCUGGACUUUGAGUAGCUGCGGGCGUCUCAUGAAUGUUUCAUAGAUCUGUGUUUUCUAGAUCUGCGUUUCAUAGUUCUGUGUUUUCUAGAUCUGUGAUUCUCUGUGUGUGUCUCCAGAGUGUCGGAGCAGGUGUGUUGUUGGCCCUGAUAUCAUAUGCCUAUACUCUGUCCCCAGAGGGUAUGUGUUUUGUUUACCUUUGAGACUGGGGCGGGCUCAUCUAUAGGCCACACCAUGGGGCGUGUCUUUGUAGUAGACGCUCAGGUGUAUUAAAUGUCAGACCAGGGUGGGGUUCCUGCCCGACUAGAUUCACAGACACUGCAUUGUGUCAACCAAUGGUCGCAUGCCACGUCAUCGACUGCUCAGUCAAAAAUCACAUGUUGUGGUUAACUGGUAUGUUAAACACCUAUCCAGCUGUUGUGAGGUCUGGCAUGUGUCUGCAAUGUUGUCGGGCAGGACCACCAAUACCUGUUUUUACAGCUCUCUCACCUUCCCACUCUUCGUACCUCUCUCCUCCUGAGCUGCAUCCCCGUGGUGUAUUGAGUCUGAAUGAUGUGUAUAUCAAACAUUAAAGAAAUGUGUUUAAACUCA